AGAGGUGCAAUUGGUCGUAGUUUCUGAAGCGCAACGCAGUCUUCCGGCACGUGAUAUGAUGAGCAAUUAAUCGAGAGGAAAUGCAUUAAGCGGCCUGCCUGUGCUUCUCCCUGCCAAUUGCCAUGGGGCCUGCAAGCAAAAGGUACAAAGAGGAAGGAAGGAGAAGACGACGAAGACGACCACGACCACGACGACCAGUCACAAGAAGACUGUAAUGCUCAUCAUAUCCACCACCACCACCCUCCGUGACAGACAGACAGACAGAGAGCACCACCACCAUGUCCAAUUCAACCACUUUUAUCUCUAUAUAUUUAUAUAAUAUUAUUAAAUUAGACAGAACAAAACAUGAACACAUAUAAAGAAAGAAGAGAACCCACCCACCCGGUUUUUUUUUUUUUUUAUUUUUUUUCCUAGUUCGUUGGUUUUUGAUUACUCCGUUGCCACUCUGAAUUUGUCCCAGAUUGGACUGGGUCCUUUCUAGCAGGAUCCCCUGAUCUGGGUCGGAGUCAAAAUUUCUUCUUUCUCCUCCAAUCUUACCUCCGGGGGUUGGGUUUUUAUCGGUUAUUGCAGCUGGGUUUCAGCUCCUCUUGGCUGCUGCUGAUCAUUUCGGUUCCUUGAUCUUUAACCGGAGGUGAACAGAAGAAGAAGAAGAAGAAGAAGAAGAGGAGGAAAGGUUAUCUUUUUCUGCUUUUCUCUCAGUGUCUGCAAAUGUGGAGAGAUCCCGGGGCGCCUGCGGAUUCCUUCUAUAAGGUCCGUCCCGAGUGCACGGAUGUGCCCAAGACCCGGUUCAAGAUCAAGGCUGGGAGAACAUUAAGUGCAAGAAAAUGGCACACUGCAUUUACUCAGGAAGGGUAUCUUGACAUGGGGAAGACUCUAAGUCGAAUCCAACGCGGGGGUGUUCAUCCAUCCAUUAGAGGGGAAGUUUGGGAAUUUUUACUUGGCUGCUAUGAUCCUAAAAGCACUUUUGAGGAACGAGAGCAGAUUCGGCAGGGUCGCAGGAUCCAAUAUAUGAGGUGGAAAGAUGAAUGUUGUCGGAUGUUUCCCGUUGUUGGCAGCGGUAGAUAUGUCACAGCACCAAUCAUUACAGAUGAAGGUAACCCUAUUCAGGACCCUCUUGUACUUCAAGAAACAAGCGCACAAGUGGGAGCAGUUAGAGCUUCUCUGAGUAAUGGUGAUGCUGUGGCCAGUUCAAGUACAUCCUCAGUUCGUGUUCUUGACAAGAAAGAGAUACAGUGGAAGCUUACACUUCAUCAGAUAGGUCUUGAUGUGAUUCGCACUGAUAGGACUCUAGUAUUCUACGAGAAGCAACAGAAUCUUUCAAAACUUUGGGAUAUUUUAGCUGUCUAUGCGUGGGUAGAUACAGAUAUUGGCUAUUGUCAAGGAAUGAGUGACCUCUGUUCCCCGAUGAUAAUUCUUAUUGAUGACGAAGCCGGUGCUUUCUGGUGCUUUGAGCGUUUGAUGCGCAGAUUGCGUGGAAACUUCAGAUGCACCGAGAGGUCCAUUGGGGUGGAGGCACAGCUUAGUAAUCUGGCUGCUGUCACUCAAAUUAUUGAUCCAAAGCUUCAUCGGCACCUUGAAAAGCUUGGUGGAGGCGAUUAUCUGUUUGCUUUCCGAAUGCUUAUGGUUUUGUUCCGCCGAGAGUUCUCCUUCGGUGAUUCACUGUACCUUUGGGAGAUGAUGUGGGCACUGGAAUAUGACCCAGACUUGUUCUUAUUGUAUGAAGAGCCCAAAUCAGCAGCAGAAAAGGCUGAGGGGUCCAAAGGGAAGGCCAAAUCAAUAAGACAGUGCGGCAAGUAUGAGAGGGAAAAUCUGAAAAAUGGAGGAAACAGUUCGGAAGCACCUUUGCCCAUCUCAGUUUUCCUCGUCGCUAGUGUUUUGAAGGAUAGGAGCUCGAAGCUGAUGACUGAAGCUCGGGGCCUCGAUGAUGUUGUAAAGAUUUUAAAUGACAUAACUGGAAGUCUCGAUGCGAAGAAGGCCUGCACUGGAGCUAUGAAACUUCACAAGAAAUACUUAAAAAAGGCUAAGAAGACAUAGCAUCGAAACUAAGUGUAAAUGAACAUUCUACACGAUUCAUGAAUAACGGGAAAGUUUACUCAUGCCGCGGCACAUUUUUUGCAAAAUUUAAGAGUAAACGCCAUAAGAUAUCGGGUCAGCGCUCAUCAAACUGUACCAUCAAUUUUUCAUCUCAGAGUCGAAGAUUUUGACUCUUUAUCUCUUCAAGGCUGCUCUCAGGCAUCUCUUGUUUUUCAACCAUAUGUUGUAAUCUACAAUGUUCUCAGCACAGAAAACAGAGUUUGGUUUAUUUCCACUUGAGUUCUCUGUGAAUUGUUCUGUCAUUUAUCCUUA